AUGAUCAAGAUCUGGUCUAUGAAAAAGGAGAAUGCAGGUGUCGACAAGAAGAAGCCCAAAGUCAGUGCCGGACAGAUUCGUGUUCAAAAAGAUUUGGGUGAACUGGACUUGCCACAGACGAUGAAGAUGACCUUCCCUGUCCCCGAGGACCUGCUCAACUUUGAGCUUGACAUCUCCCCUGAUGAAGGUUUCUACGCCGGCGGUACCUUCAAGUUCUCUUUCGCUGUCAACGGAAACUACCCCCACGACGCCCCCAGUGUCAAGUGCUUGCAGAAGAUCUACCACCCCAACAUUCAGGCCGACGGAAAGAUCUGUCUAAACAUUCUGCGUGAGGACUGGAAGCCCGUGCUGACACUAAACUCGGUCAUGGUCGGACUCCAAUACUUACUUCUCGAGCCCAACGCCGACGAUCCGCUCAACAAAGAGGCUGCAGAGGACCUGCGCUCGAACCGUCGCAACUUUGAGUCGAAUGUCCACAAGAGUAUCCGCGGAGGAUCCGUUAACGGCGUCCAGUACGAUAAUGUCAUAAGCAAGAAGUAA